AUGGAAGCCCUCUCAGGGGCUGCCAGCGGCAUCGCCGUGAUUUCGCUGACAAUACAACUCAUCCAGUCCGUCGCGCUCAUAAGAGAGUUCAUAAAAGAUGUCAAAGGCGCGUCGAAAGAGUUGCACCGACUCGUGGGCAAAUUGGAGCUGCUUAACGCGUUGCUAGAGAAUGUGCAAAAUGUUCUGGAGCAACAGUCAUCUCUCUCCGGAAUGCACUUCCCAGCACCUUCGGUGACAAUCUUCAAGUGUCUUCAAGGCUGCGAAGAUUCUAUACAGCCGCUUGUGGAUAUUGUAAAGAAACUCAGUCUGCCGCAAUCUCAGUCCAGCUCGUCCACAGCUAGGCUCAAGAGCGAGAUCAAACUUGGAUUGAAGACAAAGGAAAUCACAACCCUUGAGACUCGUAUACAACACGACAUCGAUCUUCUUGAUACUAGCCUUUCAGUAAAUCAGAGCAGCAUCGUGAUGAAUCUCUUUCCCAUAUUGCUUCGAAACCAAGAAACGAUGCUGAAGAGCAAUAGCAGUCCUCCUGUAGCUUCUGUACAAUGUUCAAAUCUAGGACCUACUGCCAAAGCUCUAGAUACCGUCUCUUCGUUUGCAUCAUCUCCUGUCCGAUAUUCACAACAAACAAUACUGGUACGCUCGGUCUUUGAAAAACUUGGAUUCUACCGUCGUAAAGUCAUACGUUACCGGGACCAGAGAAUUGAGGACUCGAGAGGCAACGUCAAAAGCUAUAAGAGGGACAUACUCUGGACAGCUAAUGAAGUCUCUGCGAUGUGGAGGUUCUUAGGCUUCGGCAUGACUUUCACCCAGCAGCAUCCGUACGGCAGUAUCUUUCCUAGCCUCAGAACGUAUCCUGUGAUUGAGUUCGAUGAAGAGAUAUUUGAGAUUAUCGAGGAAGGAAGCGUUGAACAGCUCCAGAGAAGAAUCAGCUCUGGCACGCUUCAUCCUUUCUCCCGAGGGACUACUGGAGAUUACUCUUUGCUUCAUCAUGCUGCUGUAUACCAUAGACCGGACAUGUGUCGACUAAUCCUUGGAUACGGCGUGAAGCCAGAAGUCACGUCAAACAAUAGGUCACCUCUGUCAUUGGCAUUGCUUUGUUAUUCUCUGCAGUCCUCUUUCGCCAAUGCGAUCGACACAUAUCGAUGUUUUCUAGACGACGAGGAUCUGGUUGACACACUCGAAAGAUCAGAUGGCUAUCAUUUGGGCAAUGACCGCUCUUCUUCUUUCACAGUCGACGAGUUUCAAUGGCUUUGGCAAAAGAAUUUUGAGCUAUCUGUCGGCGAAGGUCUUCGAAGUAAUCAACGGGUGAUGAUCCGGCGGUUUUGGUCUAUUGUUGGCAACAUAGACUAUCGCUUACAUCACGAACUUCAGUUCCCCAUUGUUCAGAUGGACAAAGACAUUCUCAGUGACAUACAAUAUGGGCGUUGUGGAAUAUUUGGAGUUUUGUUCUCAGGAUGCCAAACAGCCAUGGAAAGCUACAUCCUCGGUGCUGGGUUUUUGCAAUGGCUUACCAGUCUGCAAUUAGACCCUGAAAUAUGUGUCGCUAGUGAGCUAGCGAGUCUCGAGAAGUGUAUACGUUUUGAUAGAAAGAGGAUUGUAUUCGAACGUGACUGGGAGCAAAAAUGGAUUUUGGGUUUCGAACGGGUUUUUGAUCACGAAGCACCUGGCUAUAGCCUGCUCUUUGAGUACCCCACUUUGACUAUCGAGGCCGACUGGACACCCACUUGGACAUUGGGUUGGCCACCGGAUUGGCCAUUGGCUGAGUUGAAAUAUGUGUACGCACAGCACCUGGAGAACUGGGGCUGUCGUAUCUCGCGUUUCAACCGUCGCACAGCUGCCAAAGAACGCAAAGAGCGCGCCCGUUUGGGCCAAAAACAACCACGAAGCCGAAUGCCAGGAACAUGGAACUGGUGA